GCAUGUUCCGGUUUGCCGUGUCGUACGGCGAUCACAACAUCGUUGAGAACCUUUAGAUGUACUACGUCAUCUCGGGACCCAAGCCGGAGAAGGAGGGCACAGUGGCGUUAUACCCAUUCGGGGAAAUCGAGACGAGCAGGCCGGGACUGUUGGAGCUCAUUCGCAUUGAGUUGCUGGCUAUUGAGCAAAUGAUCGCCAGCGAAGAAGAGGAUCUCCAACUUUGCCUACGAACAGCAUCAUCUCCACGACGUUCUUACCACGCGGCGGUGAUUCUAGACUAUAUCGUGCGGAGGGAGGGGAAAGUGGUGAGCAUCGCCGAUCGGAAGUCGCUGCAGCCUCCCUCAUCCUACCCCAAGCCAGUAGGCCCAAGGGGCCUCAGGAAGACACCCAAGAAGAGAUGUCGCCAGCGAUCGCCAAAAGCGCAAGGAAGUCGAGUGGGACCCGGGGAAGAGGUGCACCAGGCCGGGCAGUUGCAGAAGCCGGAUCGGGUUCCAGAGAGCAAGGCGACACCGAUCAAGGGACCUCCGUCGCGGGAAGGAACGGGAACAAGCAGAUUCCGGAUACGUGGGAGCCCUCCGGAACCGACACCUCAGCCGCAGCUCCUUCCUGACCUCCAUCUCUAUGGAGCCGGCCCGCCAGCACCAGCAGGAGGAGGAGGAAUGGAAGGAGUACCAUAUCCCGCACCCAGACCCCCCAUCCUCGCAGGACCUUUCCGCUUCCGCCAACCACCUAGGCGUGCCCCAAUCAUUGACCUUAGCAGUUCCUCGAAGCUAGACGGUCCAUCCAACGGAUGUCGUGUUCAUGGUGUAGCCUGCAACCAUCAGGCUCGAAACGAUCGUGAGGCGCCUGCGUCCUGAUCCUGCAUGGGAGCCAUAUCUGGAGCCGCCAUUUGAAGGAUGCGUCGUGGCCAGACUAGCAG